AUGAGUAGAUUCAAAACUUGGUUAUAUACUGGUCAACCCAGCUAUGCAUUUAUUAAUAAAUUACGUACAUUCACAAAACAAUAUGAUCCACAGAAAGCACUGCGUGCUGUCCUAAGACCGCCACCCGCAAUCAAAAGUAAUUAUCAAAUAAAAGAUCCCAUAUCACUUCAAUUGCAGUCUGAUGUAGUCUAUCAUUUACAAUGUAAAAAUUGUUCAGAUACUUACAUUGGAAAAACCAUACGACAAACUAUUAGACGGUUUAAAGAGCAUGGUGCAUCAACUGACAUAACGUCAUCACAUCUGCCAACCUCACCCUUACCGCCAUCCACCAUAACUAGUAAUAAUAAUAAUAUUUUCAUUCAAAAUACAGCAUUGAAAAACAAACUCCUUGAUAUAAUCAAUGAUCCAGAAAUAAUACACUUCGACACAAACGAUCUUGGCAUUAAAAUAAAUUCAAUAUCACCAACGACAAAAUCAUGA